CACCCCAGUCCGGUAAUGCCUCCUUCGGAUAAGGAGUUUCAAUCUUCCCCGUCUGCAUUUCCGUGACUUUCGCGAUGGUGAAAAAAUCCGCCAACGGCGGAGUCUAUCCACCCGAAGGCGGGGAGAAAAAAGUCGGCUUUGUUGGACUGGACCCAGGCGCAGCCGAGACCAGCAGAGACGGAGCGCUCCUCAUAGCGGGUUCGGAGACCACUAAGCGGGCCAGCAUCUUAUGCAGACCCAGACAAGGAGGGAGAGCCAAUAAGAGAAAUGCCGGCUAUCGCAAACUACAGAAUUUCCUCUACAAUGCUUUGGAGAGACCGAGAGGCUGGGCGUUCAUAUACCACGCUUAUGUAUUUGUGCUGGUAUUCUCCUGUCUUGUGCUCUCCGUGUUUGCCACGAUCAAGGAAUUCAAGAAGAGCUCAGAGAGUGCCUUAUACAUUCUGGAAAUCGUGACCAUCGUGGUGUUUGGAGUGGAGUAUAUUGUGAGGAUUUGGGCAGCAGGCUGCUGUUGCCGCUACAGAGGAUGGAGAGGCCGGCUCAAGUUUGCCCGCAAGCCCUUCUGUAUCAUCGACAUGAUGGUGCUGAUUGCAUCCGUGUCAGUGCUAGCAGCCGGCUCGCAGGGGAAUGUUUUCGCCACCUCUGCCAUCAGGAGUCUGCGCUUUCUGCAGAUCCUGCGCAUGCUCCGAAUGGACCGUCGCGGCGGUACCUGGAAACUUCUGGGAUCUGUGGUCUAUGCACACAGCAAGGAGCUAAUUACUGCCUGGUACAUCGGCUUCCUGUGUCUCAUCUUGGCGUCCUUCUUGGUGUACUCAGUGGAGAAGGAUGACAACGAGAUGUUUGAGACAUAUGCUGAUGCGCUGUGGUGGGGCAUGAUCACCUUGACGACGAUAGGCUAUGGUGAUAAGUUUCCAAUAACAUGGAAUGGGCGACUCAUCGCUGCAGCCUUCAGCAUGAUUGGUGUGGCCUUCUUUGCACUUCCUGCUGGUAUUCUUGGCUCUGGCUUUGCUCUGAAGGUACAGGAGCAACACAGACAGAAGCAUUUUGAGAAACGUCGAAAUCCAGCGGCAGGCCUGAUUCAGAGUGCCUGGAGAUUUUAUGCAACUAAUUUAACUCGAACAGACCUUUUCGCAACAUGGGACUUCUAUGAGCAGAAUGUAUCUGUUCCAAUGUACAGGCUCAUCCCUCCAAUCAAUCAGCUGGACCUACUACGAAGUCUGAAGGGAAAGACUGGGUUCAGGAAGGACGCCCAGCCAGCAGAAUCUUCUCCAAGCCGUAAGCCCAGCCUUAAAGAUAAAGUAUUUCAGAGUCCCUCCAAAAAUGUGAGCGGCAAAGAAAGCAAGACCCCGGGCACAGAGGAGGGAGUGGAGGACAGCCCAAGCAAAGUAGCCAACCUCGCCAAACACGCCUUCCGCAUCAAGGGCGCCGUAUCUCGCCAGAACUCUGAAGUGUUGAUUGAGCUACAGGAUGAAGACUUUGGAGUGAAGAGAUCUCCAGCCAUUGAAGGUUUAAUAAAGGCAAGCCUUCCUGGAGAAGAGCUCGGGGAUGAAGGGCCCUCCUGGGAUUUACCUCCUGGUGUGAAGGUGACCAUUCGAGCAGUCUGCAUUAUGCGCUUCAUGUUGUCAAAGAAGAGAUUUAAGGAGAGCUUGCGGCCGUACGACGUAAUGGAUGUGAUUGAGCAGUACUCUGCUGGACACCUGGACAUGCUCUCACGCAUCAAAAGCCUUCAAUCCAGAGUUGAUACGAUAAUUGGUAAAGCUGGUGCCCCAGCAGGCGAGAAGGAAAAGCCCAAGACCUCGGGGGAGAGCGAGACUCCCGAGGACCCCAGCAUGAUGGGCCGCAUGGGUCGCAUGGAGAAGCAGGUCCUUACCAUGGACAAGAAGCUGGACUUCCUGGUGCAGGUCUACAUGCAACGCAUGGGCAUUCCACGCUCCGAGACCGAGGCCUUGCUCGGCUUCAAAAUGGCUGACCCUGCUCCUCCUUACCACAGCCCAGAGGACAAGAGCAUGAAAGAGGAAGAGGAGGAUGUGAAGAAGAUCAGCUGUGGUGCGGAGCCGCCUCCGCUGGGCUGCAGCACGCCUUGCGAGACACGGCAUCAGUCCACUAUGCCGUGGAACCGGCAGGCUUCGCCACCGCAGCCGUCACCAUCGCCGCAGGACGAGCCCCUCUGCGUGCCUCGCUGGAACAGCAGCCGCGGGGUGUCGCCCGUCGGCACGGACGACCCCUCGCUCUACCGCAUCCCGCCGCCGCCUCUGCACGACGCCGUGGAGAGCAGCCGCCAGCGCCGCCACCGCAGGCACAGGCCCAUCACCGCCGCCGCCGCCACGGCGGGCCUGGACAGCGACACGUCCAUGUCCAUCCCCUCUGUCGACCACGAGGAGCUGGAGCGCUCCUUCAGCGGCUUCAGCAUCUCGCAGGCGCGCGAGGACGACUUCAUGCCCGCACCCUCCGGCCUCGGGGUGUUUGGGGGUGUGGGGGGCACCUUCCGUGCCCGCCUCAGGCCCUACCUGGCCGAGGGAGAGUCAGACACGGACUCCGAGCUCUACACACCCUGCGCGCCAUCCCCUCUCUCCUGGGGAGAGGGGCAGUGUGGAGAGCGGGCCUGGAAGUAGAGCGUGACACGAGAACUUGUAAACAAAACAAGGUCGUUUGCACCCGUCAGGUUAGACCAGGAGUCAUGCCAUUUUCCCAUUCUUCCUGCAGUCAGCCCCCAGGACAAGGAUCAGACACACCAGGCCACUGAUGAACGUUGGAAAAGGUUUCAAUUGAGCCUUUGGUUCUCCUUGAUUGAAAUCUGUGAGGAUAAAACAAUAAAACGGCUAUUUCAAAGCAGUGCAAAAACAGUGGCAGUAACAAAAAUGCAGAGCAGUACAUACAAGGCAAGUCAAGUUAGAACAAAGCAGAGUAUUACAAUUAUGAAUAAAAGAAAAGAAAACACAAUCAACAAUCAAAAUAUCUUGGAUUUAGGUUGUCAAGAAUGUUUCAGCUUGUCGUACUAAGCUAUAGCCCAGAUUUGAAAUGUAUGAAUUAAAACACACUCUCUCUCUCUCUCUCUCUCUCUCUCUCUCUCUCUCUCUCUC